CCUAUAUAAAACGCACACUCGUCAUCGGCAACAGCACACAGUCACCAGUCACCAGAGUCCACAACGAAGCAAGUGUGAUCUAGCCACUCCCUGCAUCCUGCUGUGAGUAAUGACGACCAUGGUUGCCUUGAGCUCCUUCGCCGGUGCCACCGUCGUUGUCCGCCCCGCCUCCUGGUCUCCGGCGCUGACGCGUCAGCGCGCCCUCCUCGUCAGGGCGCAGACCGAGCCGGAUAUCGAGCCGACCAAGGAGACGACGAGCGCGUCGACAUCCUCCCCAACCCCAACCCCAAGCCCGGUGGCGCCCAAGCCCAAGCCCAAGGCUAACCCCUCGGUGUGGGACGCGCUCGCGUUCAGCGGCCCAGCGCCGGAGCGCAUCAACGGCCGGCUCGCUAUGGUGGGCUUCGUGGCGGCGCUCUCCGUCGAGGCAGCGCGCGGCGGCGGGCUACUCGACCAGGCCGGCAGCGGCGCCGGGUUGGGAUGGUUCCUGACGACCGCAGCGGUGUUCUCGGUGGCGUCGCUGGUGCCGCUCCUUCAGGGACAGAGCGUGGAGAGCAAGUCCAGCGGCGUAUGGAGCGCCGACGCCGAGCUAUGGAACGGCCGCUUCGCCAUGCUCGGCCUCGUCGCACUCGCCAUCACCGAGUUCAUCACCGGCACGCCCUUCGUCAACGUCUGAAACUAGCUAGUGUAGUGCAGUACGCUUGCACGUGCAUGUACAUAUUUGUUGGUCAUGCUGAGGAACUAGGACUACGGACUCUGACGUUCUGUAAGCCUUAUCAUUAGCUUGUCUUUCUUGGUGAUGAUGUCUUGGAGCCUACAAUUAAUGCAGGAAUGAAUCGCGUUCAUGCUAA